AGGGAAGGGAGUGUGUGGAGGGACACCCCAUGGAGGGGAGCGAGCGGUGAGAACGAGGCGAUCAAGCAAGUACCGGGUCUGUGUGCAUGGCGGGCUAGCGGUGAGUGAGACACAACAGAAGGGGGGGCCAGCAGAACGUUGCAAGCCAGCUUUCUAGUAUCCUGCCUGCCAGCUGAGAGAGAGCACACGACACAUUCCCCAGUUUCGACAAGCGGCGAUCAGUGGCGUGGUGUGCGACCAAGUGAACACUACUGCGGGGGAAAGGCACACGAAGGGUGGCUCGGACUAAGGCGGUCAUGUUGUGAAGGCGGUGCCCGCCCUUGCCAACAAACACCCGUUUGCUGUUCGUAUUGAACGGCGUGUGUGCGUGUGUGACUCGCAGGGAAACGCCGGGCGCUCUCUGGUGUUGGAAGUACGACUAGAGGCAAGCCCGGAGAUCGCGGCGAGGCUGACAGCGUUGGUGUGUGUGUCGGUGUGGUGCUUGUGGUGUAGGUAGUGGAGAGUGCACGGCCAGGCGCCUUUGCGGCUCACGCUCUUUUGGACCCCGGGAUCUUUUGGCCUGUCUGCCAGUCCAGCGCACCCGCCCGCUGCACGCCCGCCAGAGCAAGCGCGUGCUAGAGAGAGCCCAACGGGACCAGAGAGCGAGCGGGUGGGGGGUACCAACGGUGUGAGAGAGAGAGAGAAAAAUUGAAGUAAACCACGGAGUUGCGUGAAACGGCGAGAGCGAGCCAGCGGCGAGGCGGCAGGCCGGCUUCCUCCUCCUCCUCCUGCACCUCCAUCCCGUGGUGUCCCACGAGCGAGAGUGUCCCGUGCUAAUAACCUAUUAUUAUCUUUGCCACAACGAUUGCCGCCCGUGCCACGAGUCCUGCAUUACCAGCCACCAUUGCGGUCCACAGUUACCGGCGGCUGAGGAUGCACCCCUACUACUACGUGCAGUACGUCCCCAUCUCUCUCAAGCAGGAUUUGGAGAUGAAGGUGAACUGGGCCUCGUCCCCAAGCCUGCAGCCGAAGAUGGACACCAGCAAGCACUACCAUAUUUUUGUGGGGGACCUCAGCCCGGACAUAGAGCAACAUCAACUGCGAGAUGCCUUCAGAGUCUUUGGCGAAAUAUCGGACUGUAAGAUCAUCCGAGAUCCACAAACGCUGAAAUCCAAAGGCUACGGAUUCGUGUCCUUCAUCCAGAAAGUGGACGCUGAAACAGCCAUCAACAAUAUGAACGGACAGUGGCUAGGGUCACGACCGAUCCGGACAAACUGGGCCACGCGAAAACCGCCAGCUCCAACUCCGAAAGAAACAGGUGUAAAGCAGUUGUCCUAUGAGGAAGUCUACAACCAGAGCAGCCCUACAAACUGUACCGUGUACUGUGGGGGCGUCACCAACGGACUGACAGAGGAUGCCAUCCGUGAAGCAUUCAAGCGGUUUGGAACUAUUCAGGAAAUACGUGUGUUCAAAGACAAAGGCUACGCUUUUAUCAGAUUUGCAACAAAGGAGGCAGCGACCACAGCAAUCUGCCAAGUCCAUGGUACUACUAUAUUGGAUCAGACUGUCAAGUGCUCUUGGGGCAAAGAGUCUAAUGACCCCAGUCAGACCCCACAGCCUGCGGUUCAGCAGGCUUCUUUGGGCGCCCAGCCAUACGGGCAGUUCUACAACAUGGGUGCUGCCACCUACUGGAAUGGUGCCUACCCCAGCACCUAUGGCACCAUGGGGCCUGCUGCCGCUCAGGGUCAGUACCUGCAGGCGGGUGGAAUGGGGCAGUGGCAGCCAACCUACCCUAGCAACUAUCAGGCGGCUUACGGGAGUGUCAACAUGCAGUGGGGUCAGGUGCCGCUCCAGCCCAGCCAACAGCAGUUCAGCCAGCAGCAGGGACUUGUCGCCUACCCCAUGCAGCAGGAGGGACGCACGGCGUCGGCCAGAAGACCACGUGACGCGGGCAGGAGAGGGUUCCUGGGACAGUGACCUUCAUGUAGACUAGCUAGCGACAUGGGCUCAACACAGCGCGGCCACGCCCCUCCCCUCUUCUCUCCGUGCCCUUUCCCUGGCCUCGGUACCUGCAGCCGUGGCGACAGAGAGCGAGUGCGGACGGCCAGCGAGGUUGCGGGUGGCCAGCAUGGAAACAGCAUGUGCAGGAUCCGACUGACCUUGUGUGUACAUAAACCAUCUGUCGUAUCUAAUGUCACUUUUCUGAAGCAUGGAGUUGUGGACUUCACAUGAUGAUGCUGUGUUUGGGGCUUGGGUUGGGUGGUGGGGGCUUGCAGAAAGUUUAUAUCUGAUGUGGGGUGGGGUGGGAACGGCGAAUCGUUUGGGGUGCGAGGGUGUUGUAUUAUAUAAUGACAUUUAUAAUGAUGAUUGUUUCUGUGUCUCGACUGGCGGUGAGGGGCUGGUUAAAUGCAAGCACUUUUCCCAUUCUGUACAUACAAAUCCAGAUGUGUAGCUAGUGUUUAGAUGUAUGACGACCAUGUGGCUCUCGGAAAAAAAUGUAUGUGGAUAAAUGACGUGUUACAAACUAUUAAAAAAACUGACAAAAUUUCAAAAAAAAUUAAUCUGGAAAUGUGUUUGUGUGUGACUUCAUGGUUUAGCCAUAUGACAAUGUCCAGUGUGUAGACUUUAGAGGACUGUUGUCGGGCAACACCGAAUGUUUUUGAAAUGUAUUUUGUCACGGACGGUGUGGCUGUAACUCGCAGUGACCAACGCGAGAAUCCACCAUGCCAACGCAGCGGCCUGGACACGCACGGACGAUCAGAGGGAAGGGAAGCUACUCCAUAGUCAUUUUUCUUUAAAUUACUGUCGUUGCAAUCCUUUAAGCCUCCUCGCGGCCAUAGAAAUCUCGUAAUCCUUUUAGGACCAUAUAAACGCCCCUUUCAAUUUUUUAGAAAAUAAAUCUUAACUGCACUUCUGAAACUGUUACCUCUAACAUUUGCAUUCCAGGACAGUCGCGAUUUUAGUGCGACCUUUUUUGGUUUAGGGGUGGGGAUGUAGGCCUGCUGAAAAUUAAAAGGCAAGACCGUUCUUAGCCAGACAAAUACGACUAAAAUGUUGCGAGUUCAGCAAGUUUUUUGAAAUUAACAAAACGUUACCAAACAUGCUUGAAUGUUUGUCUUUAUUUGUCCGCUAAGAAGGGUCUUCAUGGAGUAGCGAGUGAACCUUGUGCAUGGUCUGCAAGAAGAGUUGUGCUUGCAGGAGAGUAAAGGCGUCGGACAAAUGGAGUUUUUCUGGGUAGCACUAGAACUAACCAACCACCAUCAGCAGGCACCUGACUUCUUCUCUGUGGUGCGUCCAGGUUGCAAGUUGGCCAGAUUUUUUUAAAUAUAUAUAUAUGAAAUGUACUGCACACAAGUUCCUUCACUGUAAAUUAUGGCUCAUUGCAGCGAGGUGCAUAUUGGUUACAUUUGUUUUUGUCUGUCCUUUGUUUUCUCUCCCCCUCAACCCCGUUUGUAACAAUUUAAAUGAAAGCAGCUGUCUGCGUGAUGUACGAUAGAGAAACUAUAUUUGAUACGCCCAUGAUGCGUCGAAGUGCAUGCAUGAUCUGUGUAUGAUAAGGACAUGUCAGGCUAAAAUCCUGUUGGUCUGUGGCGCAGCGUUAAAUGGAGUCUGUCCAUGUGUGAGGUCCUUGCAUAGCCAUUAUCUCGGACGUUAUAUUGCGGUUCCUGUUCGAAUACGUACAAUUAAUUAUCUUUGCAAUGGCAUAUGUAUGGUGGCGUUUUCUUUUUAAUAUGUGCGAAAGGUGAAAACUGCUCAGACGGAUCAGGAACUGAGAUGGUUGUCGCCAGCUGGAUAGGGCUUGUCCUGCUGGAAACGGUUGCCCAUCGUCAGGGAGAGCUAAUGCCAGCCUUGUCCAAACAUUAUUGGACAACCGACAUUGUGCAUUUCAGAAAGCAGGUCCGUGCUACGCGCCCACAGCUUGUGCCGAGGCUAACUGGGUUAGGAUGGGAUCCUUGACAGUUAACUUGGACCAAGUUAUGGACGACUACAUGCUCUAGGAUAAAACCCAUAGGAGGAUCGACAAUUGUUUGCAGUUGUUAGAGGGAUGUCGCGGUAAUAGGCGAAAGGCAAGCUCGCUCGGUAGAACUUCCUUUGCCAACUUGGGAAGAGUGGCGAGGUAGAGAAAAGCGGUUAAUUCAGUGUCUGGCUCCCAGGGAGAGGGGGUGGGAACAGUGUCACCCUAUUAACUUUGACGAAUUCACAGGUAUUGAUAAAUUAUCAAAUAAUCACCUGACUGGGCUUGGAACGACACGCUGGCCCCGAUUCUUGUUGUUGCAUGUGUGCGAGUGUACAGACAAAUGGUUCAUUAUAUGGAUAUUUGUGUUGACUAUAAUGUUGAUGAUGAUGCAUUCGUUGUGUGCGAUGUUUAUUAUUACUAUUGAAGGUAUUUCUAUGCGGAAGUUGCCUGCACCUGUAGAUAUGUCAUCUUUCGCUCGCACGCUCUCUCGUUCACACACACACACAGCAUGGUAGAGUAGUUGAUCAUUACUGUAGUCUAGUAAACAUGUCAACCUGGAUCCAGUGCCCAUCGGUUCUUGGCUCGUUAUACAGUCGUCUCGCUGGUGGGCAAUGGCACCACUGAAGGUAACCAUGGUUGCGCGGUGACACGAAGGACCCUGGUCGUGCUCGGCGACUGCAGUUUGGGGGAGGGGAGGGAGAACUGGUUGUAGGUGGUAGGUUUUAGUGCUCAUCGCUCCAGCAUUGAAUGUGUGUGCCUCUGUAUAUACGUGUGACCAUGGGUAAAAUGCCACAUUUGUUUUUGUAUCCAUGCCAACGCUAUUGUCAGAACGAAUUCUCGCUGAAGAACGCGAGUACACUCUGGCUGUAGUCGUGAACCGAGAGCUACUCGUUGUCCCGGGGACAAGCGUCUUAGUUUCAUGCAGGCGUCCAGACUUGACCCCUGAGUUAGAAAGCAGUGACACUGGGGUAACAGCAAACUUUGUUCGGACAUUGUGUCCCAGCUAUGAAGACAAGUUUCUUUUCUUCCAGCGUUGACAACGACUUGCCCACGGGAGCCCGUAGUCACAAGCGAGAGUACCUAUCUGGCUUUCUCCACCUUUUUAGCAACCAGACUUCUGUACCGCGGAAUGUUCAUCAACAGGCGACUCGCGUUCACUUACAAAGAAACAUGCAAAUGUAUGUAUACCAUGGUCACACUUCCCUUACUUUCAGUUUUCAUGUUUCAGUGGGAAACUGUAACUGCUGAGUGCUGCAAUCUCUGUAUACGUACGGAAGCUGUGGCUUCUCUGUUUUUUCCUCCAAGACCGAGAAUAUGUUUGGGCGUGAUGAUUUUCUUUGUCUGGUCAUAGGACAAGUGUUUCUCUCUCUCUGAGUGCAGUAUGUCGUAUUUGUAUUUGCAACUCCUGUUGUGGUCUAACCAACAAAAAUGCAGUUUAAACGGAUGCUAUUCUUUUGUCUCAGGUCUGUGUGCACACAUCAAUGACUUUUGUAACUUUGGCACACUGUUUACUACUCACGGCUGUCUUCAGGCGUCUCGCCCUUCUUUACCUCCUGGUCAACACCUCCAAACUAGGAGCGAGGUUGAACGCUGCACCGACCUCGCUGUUACGGUCGUGUGUAAAUCCCACUGUAAACAAAUGGUAGGGGUUGUGGAAGAUUCCCAGUGGGUUGGGAAGAUUUGCCAAUUUUUGAGACAGAACUGAGGUCCUGCACACAGGAGAAGAGCGGCUAGUGCAGCGGAAAGUUUAUUAAUCGGACUAGUGACCGCUCCUAAACAUCUGUGACUAGGUACCAAGUGUUUAUUGGGAUGUAAUUGCUCUCCCUAUCUCCACCUACCCACUUUGACACGUCGACGUUUUUCUCGCGAGAUAUGGGUGGAGAGGAGGAGUGGUUGACCGGUUUUACUUAGCAUCUAAUGUUGCCCGCAGGAUUUUCUGGCCCAGUCGUUGACAGUUGGGUUGUCGAUGCUGGUGCAUGGCGGGAUCAUACUGACAUCAACUAAGGAGACAGGUGCUGAGAGAGAUGGGUGGUGACAGCCACUCGCGGUAUAAAGUGCAGAGGGAGUAUGAAGGUUGCAAUAACCUAGUAUCUCCUCCCCACCCCCAGUCCCCAAAUUAAAGUGUGAAGUCUCUACGCUCCUGUUGGUACAACAGCUGUCGUAGUGUCGCUGUGGCCUUGCGUUUAUAUGGCUGGCUGCUUACACCCAGGCCUGUUGAUGAGUUCACGGGACAUGUUUGGCUUCCCCACCCUCUCUUCUCACCCUCUUGCAGUAACCGACCUCACCCGCCGUGCCCAGUUUCUUUUUUUGGCCGCGGUCAUCGGCACGGCUUUUCCAAUAUAACAAAGGUUUGAGGAUUAAGGGAAAUUGCGACAAAAUUCCACGCGAGCGCUGAACUCGGGUCUGUUUGAUGCUUGUGCACGUGAACGGCCACUAGGUGUCCUCAUGGAGCACCUUGAAUGCCUUUUCUGUAGGCUGUCAAACCGUUUUGCAUCGGGGUUGUUUUUGUUUUGUUUUUUCCUACAGCGUAGACCUCUGGGCAGAGUCACUUUGUUCUGAAGAAAAUGAGGGGUUGGGGUGGUCUUAGAAGCGAUUUUUUUUCUUGUUUGCUCAUUCUUGCAUAACCAACCCAGAUACCUUUAAGUUCAUCGUUUGGCCGCAGUAACAUAAGCAGUUUUCUGUAUCACCACCUUCACCAUCACCUGCUGCUUUGACCGCCCAACAGCCUCACAUGUCUUACCUGGCAGGUUUUGGUCCCCUCCCCCGUGCUGUGAGGUUGACGGGAAACUAAAGUUGUGGAGAGAAGUUAGAACACCUUCCUUGCGGCGUUUUCUCAGUAGUCUCUGUAUCUGUACUAGCCGUUAUGUUUUGUUCAUUUGGCACGUUGCUGGUAAGCCAACCCUCUCCCCUCUUGUUUCCAAGUGACUGUGCCAAGACAAGGUUGUAUAUAUACUAGGAGCAAAAGGGAAAAAAGAGACGAUGAAAAUGAUAAUCUGUUUGGCGUUGGAGAUUAAAAACCAGAUUUCUACCAUG